UACAUUUGACGUACGGUUAGCUAGCUGGCUAGUAUUUGGAGUUGUAAAGCUGUUUGUAUUUUGUAACACAGAAUCUUCCACUUUUGUACAGAUUUUCACAGCAUGAGUAACGCUGGAUUUUCGGCUGCGCGGGGGAGCUCAGGGGGACCUGAUAAGGUCGACAUGUCAUUAGAUGAUAUAAUUCGUUUAAACAAGAAGGAGCAACAAGCACGGCGGCCUGGCCAAGGAAACCGCAGGCCACUACAGAGAGGCAAAGGUUUUCUCCCAGGGAAGCAAAGGGGUGCAAGGAUUGGGGCACAGAACCAAAGGGGAGUGGGUCUAGCUAGAGGGAGGUUAACGAGAGUGGGUGUCGGAAGAGGCCGGAAGAUUCCCCCUCUGAUUGGUCGACGCCGCGGUCAAGGGGUCAUCACUGGACUGGCGGCCCGGAAGACGGCAGCGAUACAGAAGGGAAUCAGUUCGCUCAACCGAUCGGCUGUCAACCAGAAGUUACGCCCCUUCGUCAAUCCGUCGCGGCCCUUCGUCAAUCCGUCGCGGCCCUUCGUCAACCCGUCGCGGCCCUUCGUCAACCCGUCGCGGCCCUUCGGCAAUCCAUCACGGCCUUUCAUCCAACCAGCCCAAUACAGACAGACACAAGGCCAGAAGAGGCCAUACAGGCAGGCAGACAUUCAGAGAGGCCCCAACUUGAUGACAAGGACGAGACCCUUUCAGCUGCGGAGACGGCCGCUGCCCCCUGUCCAUCCCACCCAGAGGGAAGCCCGCCAGGCCACCUUCCUCUUCCACAGGGGACUGAAGGUCCACGCUCAGGUACAGAAGCCGACGCCGACGUCUCCAACCGCUCCUACAGUCAGAACUCGCCAGUGGCGCACAUCUACAAAUAGCAACGGAAUCCUGACGGUUUCCAUCGACAACCCCACUGCCAUGACACAGCCUGAGCCUCCCAGUGCUUGGUCCCUACACCCCCCAAAGCCCCGAAGCCCUACCCCGGUCAAGAUGGAGGUGGAGGAGAAGAAGCCGGCACCACCUAAAGGAGUGCCCUUGCAGUUUGACAUUAACAGUGUGGGGAAACAGCAGACAGCGAUGACUCUGAAUGAGCGCUUCCGUAUCUUGAAGGACCAGCGUGUCGCCACCGCACAGGCGGGCAAAGGCAGUCGAUUCGUCACCGUGGGUUAAGCCAAGCUAAGGGCUGGUGGAUGAAGAGAUCGGGACUCGAUUACAGGACCCCCCCCCCCUCUCCCCCCCCCCCAGAUGAUUGUAAGCUGAACCCACUGUGUGGCACUUCCUGAGGAACAACUGAGGGAUGGAGACCUGGUCCUCUAGUAUCAGAACUAAACGGGUGCAAUUGUCAUAAAAGAUUAAGUGUUGCUUUGUUUUUUUGUACCUCGAUAGGACCCAUCGUUGUUGUCAACACUGUACUCUGCUGGGUUGUGUUCAGGAGCGUCUACGUUCCUCAGCGACCUCCCACUUCUCACGAGGAGUGUGGCUUUGGCCGUUCUGAGGGAGAACUAAUUUCAGUGGGGAAGGGUUUCUUUGUGCCAGUUGGAAGAGGUUUUGUUUAGUGAAUUAUGUAUUUUUAUUUUUUAUUAAGGCAAUGUUUUUAAAAUACAGUUUUUGUUUCAAAUAAAAACAAAAUGUGACCCAUACUUUCCCUCUCUGUUAAAAAUCUUUGAGCUCAAGUAUUUUGACUCGGUACAAUCCAUUAAAUCCUUAAGAAUGCUUCUCUAUCAAUGUUCUAUCAAUUGGUUACAAAAAAAAUUCUACCCUUCAAACUAUGAUUUUCUACUCAGGUUUUUUUCUGCUUCAGUUGGUUUUAUACUUAUUGUCCACUAACAGUGGGGGUUUGUGAAGGUCAACAACGAUGUCCUUCCCUGGGUUCAUAGAUGACAAAAAGUUGCGUCACCUCAUUACAGUGUGAUGAACUAAAAUAAUUGACAGUGGCUUUGAAGUGUUCAGACCUUUUCCUCCACAGUGUGCCGACACUGUACGCAAAAUACCCCACAAAGACACAGCGAAAACAAAUGUUUUAGUUUUGUCAAUUUUGUGAUGUAAGGGAAAUGUAUUCUGACCCAUUUUUGAGUACUUUGUAGAAGCAGCUUCAACAGCAAGUGUUGGUAGGUGUGCCCACCAGCUGGGCACAGUUGUGGGUUGUUUCUUCCGGUUCUUCCUGACAGUUCUGUCAGCUUGGAUGGGCAUAUAGACUUUGAACUUCAUGACUUGGUUUUUGCUCUGACAUGCACCAAGAAGUGUGAGACCUUAUAGUUGUCAGACAGUAAAUGUAAUGCUUGGAAAGUUCUUAUAUUUGGAUAUGAGGAUAUGUAAUCUCCACUUCAACCCUGUUGACAAAUAAAAGUAACCCAAUUUAACAAAUAA